ACCGAUGCACCGAGCGCUGUGCUGGAUGCUAGCUGGCUAGCUAACGGUCUGUCACACAUCGGGCUGGAAGGGGGAACCGCGGCGGUGGAGAAGCAGCAGGGCGACCGAAGCGCCGCUCCGAAAUGGCCGGACAACAGUUCCAGUAUGACGACAGCGGCAACACCUUCUUCUACUUCCUCACGUCCUUCGUGGGGCUCAUUGUGAUCCCGGCCACAUAUUACCUGUGGCCCCGGGAUCAGAACGCUGAACAAAUCCGCCUGAAGAGCCUGCGGAGGGUCCAUGGCCGGUGUCUGUGGUACCGGCUCCGGCUGAUGAAGUCUCAGCAGAGCAUCGUUCCAACACUAAAGAAAGCAGCCUUGUUGUUCGGGUGGGCUGUGUUCCUGCUGCUAGCGUACAAGGUGUCCAAGCUGGACCGAGAGUACCAGGAGUAUAACCCCUAUGAAGUCCUCAACCUGGACCCGGGUGCGUCGCUGUCAGAAAUCAAGAAGCAAUAUCGUGUUCUGUCUCUCAAAUACCAUCCAGACAAAGGUGGAGAUGAGGCCACGUUCAUGAGGAUUGCCAAAGCUUAUGCUGCUCUGACCAACGAACUGUCGCGGACGAACUGGGAGACCUACGGGAACCCAGACGGUCCCGGAGCCACCAGCUUCGGCAUCGCUCUGCCGGCCUGGAUCGUCGACCAGAAGAACUCGAUGCUGGUUCUGCUGGUGUACGGACUCGCCUUCAUGGUCAUCCUUCCUGUGGUUGUGGGCACGUGGUGGUACCGCUCGAUCCGGUACAGCGGAGACCAGAUCCUCAUCAACACUACGCAGCUCUUCAUGCAUUUCAUGUACAAGACGCCCAACAUGAACAUGAAGCGGUUAGCCAUGGUGCUGACGGCUGCCUUCGAGUUCGACCCUCGCAGCAAUAAAGAAGCAACGAUCAGACCCACGGACAACAUCGAAGUGCCGCAGUUGAUCCGUGAGUUGGGAAACAUCAACGUGAAGAAGAAGGAGCCUCCGUUCUGUUAUCCCUACAGUCUGAAGGCCAGAGUCCUGGUUCUGGCUCACCUGGCUCGGAUGGACGUGUCCGAGGAGUUGGAGGAAGAUCAGAGGUUUGUGGUGAGGAAGAGUCCUGCUCUCCUCCAGGAGAUGAUCAACGUGGGCUGUCAGCUCACCAUGAUGGCCAACAGCCGAGGAGGUUUCCACGCUCCUCGUCUGGUCACCAUCGAGAACUGCAUGAAGCUGACCCAGAUGAUAGUUCAGGGCCUGCAGGAGUCCAAGUCGCCGCUGCUGCAGCUGCCGCACUUCGAGGAGGAACACCUCCGAUACUGCAUCUCCAAGAAGUACAAAGUCCGAAGCCUCCAGGACCUGGUGAGCCUGAAGGACUCGGACCGGCGCUCGAUGCUGCGUUUCCUCGGGGAGGAGAAAUACGACGAGGUCAUGGCCGUGCUGGGCAGCUUCCCCCACAUCACCAUGGACACCAAGCUGCAAGUCCUGGACGACGAAGACAGCAACAACAUCACAGCCGGCUCCAUCGUCACAGUAACCGUCACCUUAACCAGGAAACGGAUGGCGGACAUGUUUGAAAAAGAGCAGGAGUCCACGCCGUGUCUAGGAGAGGAAGCCGCCGCCACAGAGGAAGCACAAGGAGACACGAGUAAAGCCAAAACCAAAGUGUGGCAGAACAAGAGUAAAGGCGCCAAGAAGACAGCCAAGUCCAAGAAGAAAAAGUUAACCAAGAAGAAGGCGACUCCUGCUCCGGCCAAAGCCAAGCAGGCCAACGGCAACGUGGCGGGAAACGAGGUCGUAGCUGCGACGACGACGACGACGGCGGUGGCGACGAAGGAGGAAGAAGACGACGCCUCCGACAAAGGCAGCGAGUCGGACGAGGGCGAAGCCAACAAGGACUCUCCGAGCGAGAGGGACGAGGACAGCGACAAGCAGAGCGACACGGAGGUGGACGAGAUGGCCGGAGACGACGAGGAGGAGUGGGAGGCGCUGCAGCAGAGCAUCCAGCGCAGGGAGCGGGCGCUGCUGGAGACCAAGUCCAAGGUGACGCACCCCGUCUACAGCCUGUACUUCCCCGAGGAGAAGCAGGAGUGGUGGUGGCUGUACAUCGCUGACCGCCGGGACCAGACGCUGGUGUCCAUGCCCUACCACGUCUGCACACUAAAGGACACCGAGGAGGUGGAGCUGAAGUUUCCAGCUCCCUCCAAAACAGGAAACUACCAGUACUCUGUGAUCCUGCGCUCCGACUCCUACCUGGGCCUGGACCAGAUCAAACCACUCAAGGUAACUACGGGGCUGUGGACUGUUUUCUUUCUCUGGUUCUGCAGCCAAAUGUGCGGAAACGUUCCUGGACUCAAAGGUUCUGUUGGCAGCAGCUGAGGAUCUGCCUCAAACCGAGCCAGGACGGUUCUGCUGUCUGCAGACUGACAGAGUUAGAAUCAGAGUGAUUUAACGUCUCAUGUUGGUCAUGAACUGACGAAUUUCUGACUGAAAAUACGA